GAGGACUCUACCUCCCAUAGUGCUUUGGGCGCAAACUAAGGGGUGCCGGCAGGAGGCGCCUUCUGUCAGGGCGCGAAUGCCGCUGGCGGUGAACAAAACCUGCCAGGCCGUGCUGGGCCUGCGGCAACGAAGAACCCUCAGGCUGGCGAGUAACCCCGCGCCGGCUUCCUCCGCCCCGCGGAGUUUUGGGUGGUUCUGGACCCCGCUGGGCCUGGUCACUUUUCUAAGCUUCACUACCCGGUUCUAUCGCCUGCAGGAGCCGCCGCACGUCUGUUGGGAUGAAACACAUUUUGGGAAGAUGGGAAGCUAUUAUAUUAAUCGGACCUUUUUCUUUGAUGUCCAUCCACCUCUGGGGAAGAUGCUAAUAGGACUGGCUGGCUACCUGAGUGGCUACAAUGGGACAUUUCCUUUCCAGAAGCCAGGGGACAAAUAUGAAGAACACAAUUAUAUAGGAAUGAGAGGGUUCUGUGCAUUUCUGGGUUCAUGCCUGAUUCCCUUUUCUUACCUCACGGUGCUGGAGUUGUCCAAAUCACUGCCUGCAGCGAUGCUUACAGCUGCCAUCCUGAUUUUUGAUACAGGGUGUAUUACUCUUUCACAGUACAUUUUGCUUGAUCCCAUUCUGAUGUUCUUCCUCAUGGGAGCUGUAUUCAGUAUGGUCAAGUAUAAUUCUUGUGCAAACAGACCCUUUUCUGCCCCUUGGUGGUUCUGGCUGUGCUUGACUGGGAUAAACCUUGCAGGUGCAAUGGGAGUGAAAUUUGUUGGCCUUUUUGUGGUUCUCCUGGUUGGAUUGAACACAAUAUAUGACCUUUGGGAGCUGUUAGGAGAUCUCAGUCUCUCUCUGGUCACUCUGGGGAAGCACUUCUUGGCUCGAGUACUCUGCCUCAUUAUGCUGCCUCUUGCCCUCUACACGGCUCAGUUUGCUGUUCAUUUUGCGGUGUUAAACAGGAGUGGGCCUGGUGAUGGCUUUUUCAGCUCCGGAUUUCAGUCCCGACUGAUUGGGAACAACCUUCAUAAUGUCUCUGUUCCGGAGUACUUAGCAUAUGGUUCUGUGGUAACAAUGAAGAACCUUCGUAUGGCUGGUGGCUACCUUCACUCGCACUGGCAUCUGUAUCCUGAGGGAGUGGGAGCACGGCAACAGCAGGUCACUGCAUAUUUACACAAAGACUUGAAUAAUUUGUGGAUUAUAAAGAAAUACAACUUGAAUGCAGAUUAUUUAGAUCCUUCUUUACCUGUGGAGUUUGUGAAGCAUGGAGAUAUCAUCCGUCUGGAACACAAAGAGACUUCUAGAAACUUGCAUAGUCACCAACAUGAGGCCCCGUUGACAAGAAAGCACCUUCAGGUCACUGGGUAUGGCAUAAAUGGGACUGGAGAUUCCAAUGAUUUCUGGCGAAUUGAGGUUGUAGGAAGAAAGGCUGGGAAACAUAUCAAAGUCCUACGUAGUCAAAUCCGACUGAUUCAUCUGGCUACAGGCUGUAUCUUGGGUUCAACUGGAAAGACAUUGCCAAAAUGGGGAUGGGAGCAGGUGGAAGUCACUUGUACACCAUACCAAAAGGAGUCUCCCAAUUCCCUCUGGAAUGUUGAAGACCACAUCAAUCCCAGGUUGCGCAACAUCAGUCUGGAUGUUUUGAAACCCUCCUUUCCCGAGAUUCUGCUGGAGUCUCAUAUGGUUAUGAUCCGAGGAAACAGUGGCCUCAAACCAAAGGAGAACGAAGUAACAUCCAAGCCCUGGCACUGGCCCAUCAAUUACCAGGGCCUGCGUUUUUCUGGAGUGAAUGAGACUGAUUAUAGGGUUUAUUUGCUGGGAAACCCGGUGAUCUGGUGGCUGAAUCUAGUCACUCUUGGCUUAUAUGUUAUACUGACAACAUUCAUAUCUGUGGCCAUCAAGAGAGGAGCUCACCUGACAGCUGAGCGCCAAGAGCUUUCUCAAGUCCUGUUGCAUGGUGGAGGGGUGAUCAUGCUGGGAUGGCUUCUCCAUUAUCUUCCUUUCUUCAUGAUGGGCAGAGUACUAUAUUUUCAUCAUUACUUCCCUGCCAUGCUCUUCUCCUCCAUGCUGACAGGGAUUACAUGGGAUGUAUUCCUGAAAUUCUGCGCUGGGGCACUGUCAGCCAACAUCCAGGUUUAUAACUGUGGGAUAGCGCUGUUGAUUCUUCUCGCUGUGUACAGCUUCUACCUCUUCCAUCCUCUCUCUUAUGGGAUGAUAGGACCUCUGGCUUCUGAUCCCAACAGCCCAAUGGCAGGACUUAGGUGGCUGGAAACAUGGGAGUUUUAGAUCCAGCCUGAAACAAAAGAAUAACAGAAGGGUGCUGAAAAACCACUUGAUGAAAACUGUGAAUAAUCUGUUUUCCAACUGCAUUUCUGUGCUGAGAUAAUGCACUGUUCUUCUUCAGUUCUGAAAAGAAGGAGGCAGCCAUGAGGAGGAAUCUCUGCCUAUAACCUCUGCCAUCAUGGCGCCUGGGAUCCAUUUCCUUGGACCAGCUGCUGCUUAAAAGUCUGAACCAUCCAAGCAAUACACUUAAUCAAACAGCUGUGACCUUCAUAGCAGUGUCAUUUGUUUGCAAGUUAGAGGAUGCAUGCAUUUUUGCAAGCAUAUAUCUUGUGUCUUGCCUGUCUCUGUUCAUGUGUCAUUUAGAUGAGCACAGGAACGAUCAUGUGGAUGUGGAAGGGAAAUGAUCUUCUGAGACUGGGAUGCAGUUCAUACCCAGUAACUGCCAUGGUGAUCUUUUUAAGGGAUGUGUGUGUAUUAUAUACACUUGCAUACCUGUGUGCACACAUAUGUUUCUGAGAGAGCAUUGUUUUUGCUUUGAUCUUCAGGAACUUGGAAACAUUACAGUAGCUUGAAACCUUCCAAGAUUCUGUGCCUUGCGUGGCCCUCAGACUUCUUUAUAUCUUUGCCUAACGCCUUUGCUCUGAGCACAAAUAACCACUUAAAAUAAUGUUGUGGCUACCUACAAGAUCUCAUAAAGGAAUGAGACUGUCAUCACAUUGCCCUUUUGUUUGAGAACCAUCCAAGUAGAGAAAGCUGUUUAAUUUCUGUUGUAUGUUUCUUGCCCUAAAUUUCUUUGAUGGAGAAAAGUGGCACCUUCUGGGAGAGGCAGAUGUGAAUAUAUAAUAGGCUACAGCUGAUGCAGAGAGCUGCCAUUCAUCCAACCAUUCUCACUGCUCACUAAUUCUCCUGCCUGUGGAUAUCACUGUAAAGAAUUCAGAAUAUGCAGAACAUGCUGUUAAUGCUGAUGUAUUGGUGCAUUGUUUCUUUAGAUGUAUAUUUACUUCUGAGAAGAAAACUACUUUCUUUGCUAUGAUAAGUUGUCCAGCAAAAGGGUUUGUAGCUGGACGACUGAACAAAAGAUCUUGAACUAGUUCAUGUAAAGUCUGCCACCAAGAGCAAGUGCAAUAGAAGCCCUGAGGGAAAAUAGGGUUGGGGGGGUCACUGUUUCCUCUUGCAGAAUGUUCACUGCCACUUCCUCGACAUCACAGUUCUCCAAAGCAAAUUUAGUUUCUACUCCAGCAACAGCUUUAUAUAUCUGAGGCCAUCAUUUCCAGGAAUUUCAUUUCAGCAUCAAGUUGAAGCUUGCUGCUUUCUAUCCCCCCCCUCCCCCACACCAAGAAAAGGGCUAUCACUGUUGGCAUGGAGACUGUCAGUGUCCCCAAGAAAGGCUUGGAUGGCUGUAUCUUGACUGUCUGUGGCUCAGGCUGCCAGAUACAUUAAGAUGAUAAAUGCAAGAGGUAGCUGGCUUGUUCAACUAGUGUAUGAGUGUCACAUCCACCUUUUUAGAUAGCAGCAGUGGGCUUAGAUAUUCAUCCUCUGAAUAGUGCAACUAUUCAAGGGUCUCAGCCUUUGACCAUUAUUCCCUGAUGGAUGAGAAUUGUUGCACUGAUGGCUUCAAUGUUCUUACAGUUUUCUGUGGCAAAAAACCUCUGCUCUAGCAGACCUAGAACUUCAGAGAUCACACAAACAAAAUAAGGAAGUGAAGCGUUCUGUUCCUCUGCAUCUUUGCUGUGGGGAGAGGCAGCAGACUGCAAGCACAGCAUGGCAUAAGCAGUAGCAGUAUAGUUGCUUAUAAGAGGGGACAGUAUGAUUGGCAAGUUGUGCUAAGGGAGUUUGGUUAUUUUACUCCUCCACUAAGGGGUCAAGUGUUACUCUUGAAUAGAUUUUCCUGGACUAAUGACCCAGCAAGCAGUCACUAACCUAAAUCAAAACCAUAAUUUCCAGGCCCUGUUUUGUUCACUACCUUUCUGUAGCAUAUGCACACAGUGCAUCUUUUAGAGCUGUUUUUAGGGAAGGGAAACCAAGGCAGUAUUUUCCUUUUAAAUUCAACAUGUACAGAAUUUCUGUACGUUUCUUCUAGGAAUUCUCCAGUAACCUAACAGCUGCUGUUCCUGUUUGCUGUCACCCAUAGACCUCUGCUGAACUUUAGACCACUACAAAGACCAGGCUUGAUUUUCUGUCCAUCUAAACAGCUGCUAAUAGAAACCACUGGAGGGGCCCUUACUCUUCCAAAACCAUUAACACAGCAAAUGACUAGAUUCACUGAAACUGCUGUAGUCCGCUUUUUGUAAUUUGACGUCUUUGCUGGAGAGAGAUUGUGCUUGUGCUUUAGCUGGGGGGCAAAUAAAUGGCAUUCCCCUGGCAUAAGGAUUUUAAUGGAUUUUGAGGUCUAUAGCACACUACUUUUUUGUGCCUCUGAUCUUGGUUUACAUAAUUUAGAACUCUUAACUUAGCGUUGCACCUGUAUUGCACCACAUAGAACUAAUUAACAUCACCAAUCUGUAUGCUAAAACCUUUUUUUUGUUGUUUCACCAUUCUUAAGGUAUUUGCAGGGCCACAGCCAGCAGGGGGCACUGAAGAUGGUGCCUCCUAUAGAAUCUGUAACAUCCCCGCCUCAUCUUCCCAGAAGAUGGGGUGGGGGUCCUGCAGGUUCUAUAAGGGGUGCCUCCCACAGUGCCCUCCUCUGACUACAGCCCUGGGUAUUUGUAUCCUUUCUGAGUAGUUUUCUGUUAAUUGAAUCCAUUGAUGGUAUGAUCCCAAGUAAAAUGUGGAUUAGUGGAGAGAGAAAGGAAGUGUCUUUAUUACAAAGAAUGUAAAAAUUAGUUUCUGUAUUAGUAGAAUAGGAUACAGAUCAAAUGGUUAGUUUUCUUCACUGCGCUGUCUCUGUGUAGGAUACCAGCCUCUGUGGCUCUGCAGAUGGCACUGAUUAGAUUUAAAGGACGAUUAGUGGUUUGUUCCACUCCGUGCUGCUCCUCUUGCCUCUUCAAACAAUUGUGUAUAGCAGGGAUGGCCAAUGGUAGCUCUCCAGCUGCCAUGCUGCCUGGGGCUGAUGGGAGUUGUAGGCAAAAAACAUCUGGAGAGCUACUGUUGGCCACCCCUGGUGUAAAGAAUCAUGAACCUCCCUGCUAAUGGCUACAUCUGCGUGGUCUAGGCUGUGGAUCCUGCAGUCAGCACUGGAGAUUUAACACCCUUCACACCCUGCCAAUGUUCUUCCCUGAUCCCAGACAUGGUUCUAUAUGAUGGAACAUUCGCUAGCUGUUGGAGCCUAAAAAAAUGCCUUUUUUUUUUUGAGAACCUUAAAGAAUCAUGCAGUCUUUUCCCCUGGGGAGGGUGGGACUGACAAUAAUUCUCCUUUCUAGGAGAUGAUAGGGAAAAAUCAGCAAUAAAAGACUGGCAUGUCUCAUAGCUGUGCCCUUUCCCUCUGUCCCAGUCUAAUUAAUACUGUAUCCUAAAAGAGCUGUGUUCAGGUAAAGUACUUCAUGUCCAGAGUGAGGUGAAUUGUGUUUCUCAACUGUACCUGUUCAGACUGAGGUCUUGCGCACACUAAAUUAGCAUAUCAAGCAGGUGAGCUAGAAUCCUGACAUGGUAGCUUUUCACAGGAAAAGAGUUUGUGAAGUGGAGAAGCAUUAUUUUGCUGAUGCCAUCCCUUGCUUCUCUUCUGAAGGGAGAGCUAUACCAUGUAACUUCUAAAUUUGUUGUUCAUCUCUGAUUUUAUUGCUUUAAGGAAGUGGUUUGAGUUCUGCCUUAGACAUUGUAAUAUGUCUGUAGAUGGUGUGAUGACUGUCUAUCUGGUGACCCUAGACAACUUUUUGUACUAAUGCUGCUAAUGCUGGAGUGUGUGUGUGUGUGUAUAUAUGAGUGUGCAUGUGUGUUUUGUACAUGACCACUGUCUGUAUUUUUAACUGAACAUAUUUCAUUGCUCAGCAAUGUACCCAGUACUGAAAAAGAACUGGCAGUGCUUUUUGUAAAGAAAUUAACUGAAAACUGGAUAGAAUUUACAUUUUACUUUUGUAAUAAAUAGACUUUCUUUCAAA